GUGUGUGUGUGUGUGGAUAAAUCUGCGCGCGUGUGUUUUGAUGUUAUUUGUGACGGAAUCCCCCCUUCAGUCUCCAAGAAUCCGCGAGCGGUGCGAGGAGGAGGAGGACAGGAGAGGAGGAGGAUGAGGAGGAGGCGCGCGGACCUGUCCACGAUCCCUCACGCGGAACGCGCGGGGCUUGCCGCUGGAGAUCCCAAACCAACGGGUAUUUUUGGAUGCUGGAGUCCUGACUGAUCCCCCCCCCCGCGCGUCAGCGGCCGCUUUUCUCCUCCCCUGCCUCCUCGCGCGGUAUCUCUUUCCCAUUCAAUGGACGGCGGUUUGACAUCUUCAACGAGAGGAAUACUACCCAACAAACCCGAGGGUGGAGAGAGAGGUGGCGGGGAGUGAAGGGGGAGGAAGGUCUCCAGAACCAGACAGGUGGAAUUAUCCUUGUGUGGUGUCUCUUUUUUUGGGGGGGUGGGGGGGUGGGAUUGGAUGGAGGAGAAUUGAUGGAUUAAUCUGAGCCAGGAGGAGAGUCGUAUGUGAGUCCCCACUCCUGCCGAGGGCAACCCGAAUGGAGUAACAGGCUGCAAUGUCAUCUCCACCUGGCCGCCUGGAGAGAUGUGUCACGGGAAGGGAUCAAGUUGAACACUUUUCCUCUGGUUUCACUGACGCUGUGAGAAGGAAACAAGAUGCCAGCGAACGGACGGGUCACGGGUCCGCCUGCGCGGGCCCGCACGCCCGCGACGAGCGCAACUCAACAUUCAGCGCACGGGACUCCGCAGAAGAAGGCGCAAAAGCUCCGCUGACCGCAAACCUGCAGCAGCCGCGCUUUUGUGACACCGGAAGGGUAUGAUGGGUGUAGUGGGCUGGAUGCUGCUCCUACUCUCUCAAAUGAUGGUGCCUCCUGUGGCAUCCCAAAAGCCCCCGGGGCUCAGCGUGGGUGUGAUCAUGGGCCAGACGCGUCUCGUCACCGAUCAGGAAGUCCGGCCGCCUCGACGCCCCGACGACGCCCUCGAUAUCAACGUGGUCAGCCUGAGGAUCAACCAGACGGACCCCAAGUCUGUGAUCACACAGGUGUGCGAGCUUCUGUCCCGCACUCGUCUCCACGGCAUCGUGUUCGCUGAUGGCACCGAUCAGGAGGCCAUCGCCCAGAUCCUUGACUUCCUGUCCGCUCAGACACAACUUCCAGUCCUGGGGGUCCACGGAGGCUCCUCCAUGAUUAUGGCUGACAAGGAUGAAAAGUCCACGUUCUUCCAGUUCGGCGCGGCCCUGCAGCAAGAGGCUCUGCUCAUGCUCGCUAUCAUGGAGGAGUACGACUGGCACGUCUUUUCUAUCGUCACUUCCAAGUUCCCCGGGUACCAGGACUUCAUCAGCACGCUGAGGGUAACUGUGGAUCACAGCUUUGUGCGCUGGGACCUGCAGAGUGUGGUGACUCUCGAUGCUGUAGAUGGCGACCCAAACUCUAAAUCACACAUUGCUCUCAAGAGGAUUCAGAGCCCUGUUAUACUGCUGUACUGCUCCAAGGAUGAGGCUGUGUACAUACUGGAGGAAGCUCGGUCCUUGGGUCUGAUAGGAGCUGGUUACAUCUGGAUUGUGUCCAGUCUCACGACUGGCAACCCAGACUUUACCCCUGAGAUGUUCCCCCUGGGAAUGAUCUCUGUGUCCUAUGACGACUGGGAGUACCCGCUGGAGACGCGGGUGCGGGACGGGGUGGGCAUCAUUUCCUCCGCCGCCACCGCCAUGCUGCGGGAGAAAGGGGAGCUGCCAGAGGCCCAGAGCAGCUGCUACAGCACAGCAUCAGACAGGAGCCCAGGGAAGCUCCCACCUAGUGCCCUGCGCAGACAUAUGAUGCACGUGUGGAAUGAUGGCCGAGAUUUGUCCUUUACUCCAGAUGGCUACCAGGCCAACCCCAAAUUAGUUGUCAUCGUCCUGAAUAGUGAAAGGAAGUGGGAGAAGAUGGGGCGCUGGGAGAACGGGACGCUGUCGCUCAUGUUCCCAGUGUGGCCCAGGUAUAAUUCCUACGGGGACGAAGAUGCAGAUGAGAACCACCUCUCCAUCGUCACUCUGGAGGAGAAGCCUUUCGUCAUUGUUGACAAUGUGGACAUCCUCACCGGCACCUGCAUGAGGAACUCCGUCCCGUGCCGCAAGCAUGUCAAAGAUAACAGCACUUCGGGAGGCGCCUAUAUCAAACAGUGCUGCAAAGGUUUCUGCAUUGACAUCCUUAAGAAGAUAGCGAGGAACGUGAAGUUCACCUAUGACCUCUACCUGGUCACCAACGGGAAGCACGGGAAGAAGAUCAACAAUGUCUGGAAUGGCAUGGUUGGAGAGGUUGUAUACAAGAAGGCAGUGAUGGCCGUCGGAUCGCUGACCAUCAACGAGGAGAGGUCAGAGGUCAUUGACUUCUCCGUGCCCUUUGUGGAGACUGGCAUCAGCGUCAUGGUGUCACGUAGCAACGGGACUGUCUCUCCUUCUGCCUUCCUUGAGCCCUUCAGUGCGUCUGUUUGGGUGAUGAUGUUUGUGAUGCUGCUCAUCGUCACAGCCAUCGCCGUCUUCCUCUUUGAGUUCGUCAGUCCGCUGGGCUUCAACCGCAACUUGGCCCAAGGCAAAGACCCGCACGGCCCAUCAUUCACCAUCGGUAAGGCCAUAUGGCUGCUGUGGGGUCUGGUUUUCAACAACUCUGUGCCUGUUCAGAACCCAAAGGGCACCACCAGUAAGUUCAUCGUCUCGGUGUGGGCCUUCUUCGCCGUCAUCUUCCUCGCCUCCUACACUGCCAACCUGGCCGCCUUCAUGAUCCAGGAAGAGUUUGUGGACCAAGUCACUGGACUGUCUGACAAGAAGUUCCAGAGUCCGUACUCAUACUCCCCUCCCUUUCGCUUCGGGACGGUCCCCAACGGCAGCACUGAGCGCAACAUCAGGAAGAACUAUCCCGAUAUGCAUCAGUACAUGACCAAAUACCAUCAGAGCGGCGUCCAGGACGCGCUGGUCAGCCUCAAGACUGGAAAACUGGACGCUUUCAUCUACGAUGCUGCAGUCCUGAACUACAUGGCAGGCAGAGAUGACGGCUGUAAGCUGGUGACCAUCGGGAGCGGUUACAUCUUCGCCACCACAGGUUAUGGCAUCGCCCUGCAGAAAGGAUCUUACUGGAAGCGCCUCGUGGAUCUGGCCAUCCUGGGAAUCAUAGGAGAUGGUGAAAUGGAGGAGCUGGAGGCCCAGUGGCUGACUGGAAUCUGCCACAAUGAGAAGAACGAGGUGAUGUCUAGCCAGCUGGAUAUUGACAACAUGGCCGGUGUGUUCUACAUGCUGGCCACAGCUAUGGGUCUCUCAAUACUCACUUUCAUCUCGGAGCAUCUCUUCUACUGGAGGCUGAGAUACUGUUUCACUGGCGUCUGCUCUGGGAGGCCGGGCCUGCUCUUCACCAUCAGCAGGGGGAUAUGGAGCUGUAUCCAUGGUGUUCACAUUGACAUGAAGAAAAAAGCCCCGGAGCUAGACUUCAGUCCUCAAGCCAACAUGCUGCACCUGCUCAAGUCUGCCAAAUCCAUUGCUCUGUCUUCACCCAAACGCAACACUGUCCUCUUGCAGCCCAGCAUCCUGGACAUGGUGUCAGGGAAAGGUAACUCACUCCAUAGUCUGCCUCAGAAGGGUCCUGGUCUCUAUAGCAACGCUGCGGGUCCACAGGGUUUCCUGUCUUUGUCCGGGCGACACAAAAACCUCCUUAACAAUGCUGCACCAUUUCCCGUGCAGCAGAAACCCCCGCCUAUUCAGACCAGCCCCAACAAGCCCCAGCUGUCAAUCACCAACGACAACGGCAAGACCCGCCUCCCCGGGCCGGCCUGCCCCGCUUCGAAGCCCCGAGCUCUGUGGAAGAAAAGCGUGGAGACACUGAAGACUCAGCCCACCGUCGUAUCUCCUGGCACGAGCCCCGCCCCGACAUCUGGGCCCGGGCCUCCUACGAUGAAGAGCCAGCGGUACCUGCCGGAAGAGCCACAGCACUCUGACAUCUCUGAGUGCUCCAGUCGGCCACCGUCCCACAAAGAUUCUGACUCCAUGGCCACAAGAGGUGGAUUUAAGCCCAUCAAUCAGUUGAGGAAGCGAGGAGGAGGUGGGGGAGGGGGAGGAGGUAGUGGAGGAGGUGGAGCAUCAAAAAUCUACUCCAUUGAUUCAGAUCAGGCCAGUCUCCAAUCUGCUCCCCCAUACCAGAGAGACAGCCAGGGAGGUGAUGACCACAGCUACCCUCCUGACCUGUUUCCACCUGACAGCACAUACUCGCACUCUCACACACUCCAGGCAGACGCUCCCAUUUUGCAGCUGAGUGCCAGCCUUCUGCACCACAGCCACAGUGCUGAGGCUGACCUGCACUCCCUGAAGGACAAGAAGUACAGCACCUACAGCAGCAGCGCGAAGGACAAAACCGGGGGUUCAUUCGAUGGAACUGCAGGUGGAACUGCAGGGACGCAAGGCGUCAGGCCCGGACACUGUCGCUCCUGCCUGACGAAGCUCACUGGAUACUCUGGCCUUUACACUGUUCGAUCCCCACAAGCUCGCUGUGAUGCCUGCGCCCACCUGGGAAACCUGUACGACAUCAGCGAAGACCACCUGCACUCACACUACUCCCACACACACCCACACAGCGGGGACAUGUUUACGCAUUACCUUCCGCAGACCGAGCUGGGCCUGGUGGGCGAGGGGGACGGGCUUGUCAGCCACUUCGAGCCCUCUCCGUCCUCCCCGUCUCCUCUCCCCACCUCCUCGUCGGCUCAGCACCUCCAGCUGAGUCGCCAGCACUCCUACGAGAACGUGCUUCCGGACGGCAUCCCAGAGCGGCAGUCGCAGCCACAUCCCCACCUGCGGGGACUGAGUCUGCCCGACAGAGAUAGGGAUCGGGAGCUUACGCUGGACGAGGGGGCCUACGCUAACGUUCUCACAAUGCGCUCUGAUCGACCGUUUAGCAGCCGCAGCCCCCCUUCCCCGUCACCGUCACACCACCACAGCCUGGACGCCCCGAUGCCUAUGCCCCGGCGCUCAAAGAGCCUCUUCCCCGACCGGCCAUCUCACAACCCUUUCCUCCAGUCAGCCCCUGGCACAGCUCAACGAGAUCCCGCCUCCCAGGCUGCCACACGCAUGCCACAGAGAAAUUCUGCCCACGAGCUCUAUAAGCAGAGAAUGCCGCUAUCACUUACUCUUGGUAGCCAUGGCAGCCAUCACAUCAACCAGCAUGGCGGGCAUAUCGACCAACAAGUGUUCUACCCUCAGCAGGAGCCUCCCAUGGUGGCCUACAUGGUUCCACCCGCUGCCGCUCAACCAAUGAGCUAUGUGACAGCACCGCGAGCUUCGAGUGCGGGUGGUAACCGACCCCGGCUCUACCGGCGCAUGCCGAGCAUCGAAUCUGACGUCUGAGAGUCGCAGACAGCACACUUAUGCUCACUGAAACACACUAACACGCACGCAUGCAAGAAAGAGGUGUGUGUGACCGGACUAGGCAGCUCUGAUUCUAAGCACAGAUACACACACACACACGCACACACACACAGAGGUGAUAGACGGUUAGGUCUGCUCCGAACUCAAAGGUUAACAGUGAUGCUGAGUAAAUAAAUCAUUGUUUUCUUCAUCACGCCCUCUAAAGGGCAGGGAUGAGGCCACAGGGACACCUGGAGGCGCAAUACAAGAUGAAGAGUGUGUGUGAGUGUUGGUGUGUGUGUACCAGCCUCAAGCCGUGGGCAACGAGGCACAAACUGACACUACGUCUGACAAGACAGAUCAAAAUCCUGGUGGGAUAAGAAGGACACUGUACACGGGGUCUAAACGCCAGCAGUGAAAAGCGAAGGAAGAUGCAAACAGUGUUUGGAAGACGAGCAACCUGUCCCACCCUCUCACCAGCCUCUUGGAGAAAAAGGGGAUAAGGAAACCCCCUUUCUUUCUGAGACUACACACAAACACAAACCUUCACACGAUUCACCUGAACACACCGGGCCCCCGUCCCUCCAGGACUCUCCUGUUGCACUAUGAUUUCUACAGUCAACCCGCCUAUGUUGUCUGAGCCUCCAAACUGCACUGCCGGCAUGGCUUAAAGAGUAGUAAGCUACACUAGAGUAAUCCUUGACUUGAAUGGAGAGUACUAUCUAUGUAAUUGACUAGUCUGGGAGGCGGGCAUGCUGGUCAGGUAACAGGUCUGAGAAGUGGGUCAGCUUCCUGCCCGUAGAUGUACAAACACUUGAACACACACAUAAACGCGCUGCGUCUGUUUUCCAAGGGGGGGAAAGUGAAAACGACAGACUGUUUGCUAUUGUUGAUGUCAGUUAAUUGAACAUUCCAAAAAGUGGACCACACUCGGCCACCAGUAAACGCCUCUCAGGAUGAGAGUGUGUGUUCCAGUGUUUAUAGAUCUAGAGACAUACAGUAUAGCAUUUUUGCUUCCUCUCUUAGCUAGCCUUCAGGUCAUACUGCAUGCUUCCUACUGCCCUGUGUUACAGUUACACUCCUAUACAGGGUCAUAUAUGCACACACAUACACAUGCCCACACACAUUCAUGCACAUAUGAACACACACACACACACACACACACACAUACGCAGUAGUCUAGGAUAGUAGUUUAGGGUGGGUGUGUGUGUCGAGGCUAUGAGAUAGCUUCUCUUUGUGCACUUUGUAGAUUUUAUACCCUACCACCUACACAGACGUUUGACCAAAAACACUUUUAUACUGAAAAAUAUGAAUAUUCUCGAUCAUUCGCUGGAUAGAUAUUUUCUUUUCUCUUAUUUCUCUUUGAAAUGCAUUGAGUUUUAGGGCACCGUCAAGGGCACAGCUCUGUCAGUUUCCAUUGUGAGAUCAGAAGUUUUACAGUGUUAGACAGUGGGUACAGCAUCAUACAUACAGUAUACACGACACCAACUCUUGAUCUUUCUCUUCUUUAUUUGAAACUGUGCUCAACCCUCCCUCCAGCAUU